UUCCAAGUUCAGAGUAUGGAGGAAAUGAAGAUCAGCAGCAGCAGCCGCCAUGAAAACAAUUCGGUUACAAGAGACGAUGAUGGAUAUAAAGGUGUGCCGAUUCAUAGCCAAGUGAUGAAGAUAAAGCAAGAGUUCGAGAAGAUCAAGCAUCCAUCGCUGCAGCAGCCGGAUAUGAGACGGGUGGCUCGAGAGAUCAGCAGGCAAAGGUCCCGGUCCCGGUCCCCUCUGGGGUUAGCUGAACGACCCAUAUCUGUUGGGAAUUCGUAGAAAUUGUCACCUGAAGAAGAUGAGAA